GCUGCUGACAUGACGAAAGUGGAAAAAAGCACGAACAAGGCCAUUGAGUGGAUGAAUAACAAGCUGAAUCUGCAGAACAAGCAGAGCCUGACCGUGGAGCCAGUUGUCAAGGCAAGAGAUAUAGAAGCUAAAAUUAAGGAGCUGACAUAUAUCUGUAGCCCUAUAAUUUCAAAGCCAAAACCCAAAGUGGAACCUCCAAAAGAGGAGCACAAAAAUGCAGAGCAGAGUGGACCCGUGGGUGGACAGGGAGACAGCCCAGGCCCUCGGACUGCGGGGCAGGGCGCAGACGCAGCGGUGCCUUCAGAUCUAGCAAGAAGCUUCCUGAAAUGGACAUUGAUUGAUUCCAGCAAUUGUUUAUAUUAAAACAGACUAUUAUAAAGCUUUAAGUUGUCAACUUUGUUCUAAAUAUCAACUAGAGCAAUCAAAUACUGGAGAUUUCUUAGUCAGUUUUUAGGGGGCUUGGGAGGAGGGGAUCUAUAGAUAAUGUAUGGAACAUUUUGACUUCUAGAUAGCUAGA